AUGGGCCUCUUCCCUGACUCCGUUACGGAGCAGCAUAUGGAUGUAUUCAUGGCCAUUGCGGACGGCUUCCUCCGGGAGGUUGAUCCGGCCACCAUCAGAGAAUAUGUCGACAGGGAUUUCCCCCAGGACAGAAUUGACGAAUACACUGCCAGUGUUGGACGCCCAAGUACCAUUCCAAGCUUCCGAGAAUUUAUCAAAGACCUGAUUGCCAACAACACGGGUGAGAGUAUCAGACUCUUUGGACUUUUGAUGCAAGCCUUGGACUCGAGAAUUUUGGCUCCUGCCCUUACGGGUUCUACCACGUUGGUGAGAGACAUGACGGACGAGCAGAGGGAGAAGAUGCUCCGCUCCUGGAGAGACUCCCCUAUCCAGGCCAAGCAGCGCGUGUUCCGUCUCAUGUUCAAUUUGACCAUGUCCACCUACCAGCGUGUCGCUCCCGCUAUUCACAAGGAGGCCAUGGGUAUCCCCGACACCGACCUCAGAGAAGUGUUAUACGAGGGCCACAAGCCAGACGAGUUCAAAUACACCAUGAUGCAGCCUCCUGCCUCCGACAAUGUCGAGCUCUAUUUGCCCAACGUGGACGCUGUGAUAAUCGGCUCUGGCUCUGGUGCUGGUGUUACUGCUCACACCUUGUCCCAGGCGGGCAUGAAGGUGCUUGUGAUUGAGAAGGGUAAGUACUUCCAGCGCCUGGAGUUGAACUUUGACGAUAAGACGGGCUGGCUGGAGCUCUAUGAGGGACAAGGCCAGAUUCCCUCUAGGAACUCGCAGACCAUGAUUUUGGCAGGUGCUACCUUCGGUGGUGGCUCUACCGUCAACUGGUCGGCCUGUCUCAAGACACCUUUCAAGGUCAGAAAGGAGUGGUACGACGACUUUGGUGUGGACUGGUUCGCCACCGAGGCCUACGACAACGAUAUGGAGUACGUGCUCAAGCAGAUGGGAGCUUCCACAGAGCACAUCACCCAUUCAUUCUCUAACCAGACGCUUAUCGAUGGUUGCAAGAAGCUUGGUUACGCAGCGAAGGAUGUGCCACAGAACAAUGGUGGUCACACCAACCACUCGUGUGGUAUGUGUCACAUGGGAUGCAAGUGGGGCAUCAAGCAAGGUUCCAUGGUCAACUGGUUGCGUUCUGCUAGUGAGAAUGGCACCCAGUUCAUGGACCAGGUGCUUGUCAACCGCUUGGUGCGUAACAAAAAGAACAUCACCACCCACAUUGAGUGCACUGACAUGAGAACAGGAAACAAAUUCACCAUCAAGGGUCCUCGCCGCUUCAUUGUGGCUGCUGGGUCCUUGCACUCCCCGGUGCUUCUCCAGAAGUCCGGUUUCCGCAACAAGCACAUUGGUAAGAACCUCAAGUUGCACCCAAUCUCGGCCAUAACAGGUAUGUUUGACGAACAUACGGAUCCUCACUACAAUUCCAUCAUGACUAGUGUUUGUACCGCAGUUGACGAUCUCGACGGCAAAGCCCAUGGUGCCAAGAUCGAGACCCUUUUGCACACACCUAUGCUUGAGAGUAUAUUCGUCCCAUGGGACUCGUCCAACCAAAUGCGCCAGGAUCUCUUGAAGUACCAGGGUGCAGCUUGUUUCAUCUUGUUGACCAGAGACACAUCGCUGGGCUCUGUUACUUAUGACAAGGAGAGACCGGACAAGUUGGUUAUCGAUUAUGACGUGAACAAGUACGACCGUAAUGCUAUUUUGCAGGCCUUACUUGUCACUGCCGAUGUCAUCUACAUUCAGGGCGGAAAGGAAAUUGUUCAUCCCUCUUGGCAGGUGGAGCGCUUUGUCUCUCACAAGCCAAAGGAGCAGCGCUCUAUUCACGAUGCCGACUACCAGGCAUGGCGUAAGAAGGUUGCCGAGACACCCUUAUCGGCAUACGAUACCCCCUACGGCUCAGCCCAUCAAAUGUCGACGUGCCGCAUGAGUGGAAAGGGCCCCAGAUACGGUGUGUGUGACGCUCGUGGGCGUACAUUCGAGAGUGACAAUGUCUACAUCACCGAUGCCAGUGUCUUGCCCACGGCCUCUGGCGCCAACCCUAUGAUCUCCACCAUGGCGUGUGCCAGACACAUUGCACAGGGUAUUGCCGACGAGUGCAAGCCAUCUGCCAAAUUGUAG